UUUUACCCUUUGGAUCUGGAGAAUGAUUUAUAUUUUAUUAACUGGGGUUUUUGAUGGGAUGAUCAGGGGAAGCUUCUUGUUUUAAAAAAAUAUUUCCGUCGAGGCUAUUCCAGCUUUUCCGUGUGUGUGGGGGAGGUGUUCUUUAACAUAAAGACUACUACAGUGAAAGAUGGUGAAGGAAACUGUAUUCUAUGAUGUUUUGGGGGUUAAGCCCAAUGCAAGUGCUGAGGAACUCAAAAAGGCCUAUAGGAAACUAGCUCUGAAAUAUCAUCCUGACAAGAAUCCAAAUGAAGGUGAAAAGUUCAAACAGAUUUCUCAAGCUUAUGAAGUACUAUCCGAUCCCAAGAAACGAGAACUCUACGACCGAGGUGGUGAGCAAGCUAUUAAAGAAGGUGGUGGUGGUGGUGGAGGAUUUGGGUCGCCUAUGGAUAUCUUCGAUAUGUUCUUUGGUGGAGGAGGCAGAAUGCACAGAGAGAGGCGAGGGAAAAAUGUGGUCCAUCAGCUUUCUGUUUCAUUGGAGGACAUGUACAAUGGUGCCACCAGGAAACUAGCACUGCAGAAGAAUGUAAUAUGUGAGAAAUGUGAAGGUCGUGGUGGUAAGAAAGGGUCAGUAGAAUGCUGCCCUGUCUGUCGUGGAUCGGGUAUGCAAGUACGCAUCCACCAAAUUGGACCAGGCAUGGUUCAGCAAAUUCAGUCUGUGUGCCAAGAGUGUCAUGGCCAAGGAGAGCGCAUCAGUCCGAAGGAUAGAUGUAAAAACUGUAGUGGAAGAAAAAUUGUUAUGGAAAAGAAGAUCCUCGAAGUUCACAUUGAUAAAGGGAUGAAGGAUGGCCAGAAACUAACAUUCCAUGGUGAAGGUGACCAGGAACCUGGCUUAGAACCUGGAGAUAUCAUCAUUGUGCUCGAUCAAAAAGACCACAGUGUCUUCACAAGGCAAGGGGAGGACCUUGUUAUGCAUAUGGAACUGGAGCUGGUGGAGGCUCUCUGUGGCUUCCAUCGCCCAAUCACAACUUUGGAUAAAAGAACUAUAAUCAUUACAUCACAUCCUGGCCACAUUGUUAAACAUGGAGAUAUCAAGUGUGUGCUGAAUGAGGGUAUGCCUAUUUAUCGCAGGCCAUAUGAAAAGGGUCGUCUAAUCAUUCAGUUCAAGGUGAAUUUUCCUCCAAACGGCUCUAUCCAGACAGAUAAACUAGCUCUUUUAGAAAAAUUGCUCCCUGCACGACAUGAGGUUGACAUCACUGAUGAUAUGGAACAAGUAGAUUUGGUAGAUUUUGAUCCACAGCAGUCAAGGCAACGCUACAAUGGUGAGGCAUAUCAUGAUGACGAGGAUGAUCACCCCAGAACUGGGGUUCAGUGUCAGACAUCGUAAAAACAGGCCUUCUCUAUGACUUCAAAUUGUGUUUGUUUGUGGAAGACAUGAGUAUGAAGACUGCAACCUCAAUAAUCAUUGUACAUGUUUAACAUCCAUGGUUGUCAUUGGAGGAUAAUGCUUUUGUGUACUCUUGAAUGUUUAUUGGUGUAUUCUACAAACUUGUAUUUAAAUAAAGAUACUGUCUUUGGGGGCUAA